AUGACAUCAGAGCUGGAAACCAAUAUUGUGGCCGUGGAGAGAGUGAGUGAAUACACCGAGCUGGAGAACGAGGCUAAAUGGAUUGGUAUAGUGCAGGGCUUCUCAAACUCCGGACCAAGUGUGGGCCAGAGGCAGCUGCUUUGCCUGGCUCGGGCCCUGCUAAGGAAGUCCCGUAUCUUGAUCCUGGACAGAGCCACGGCAGCUGUUGACCUGGAGACAGACGACCUGAUUCAGACUACCAGCCGUCAGGAGUUUUCACACUGCACUGUCCUCACCAUCGCCCACCACCUGCAGAGCAUCAUGGACAGCUCCAGGGUAAUGGUGCUUGAUGCCGGAAAGAUUGUGGAAUUUGAUUCUCCGAGCAACCUGCUUGAAAAACGGGGCAAUUUCUAUGCCAUGGUGAAGGAUGCUGGAAUAACGCAAGAAGACGUCACAAGUCUUUGAUUUUGAAAUUGGACUUUUAAUGUAACUCCAUAAAUUGCUUAUGUUGUUCGAUUUCUUUUUCAAAAGCUGGAUUGUGCUUUGAUAUGAAGAAAUAUUUUACAUUUGUAUUUAAAGAAAACAUCAGUUUA